AUCACUAUUCAUGUUAUCGAACAGUUUUAAAAUUUUAUGAAAAUGUUGUGGUUCAAGUGAAAAAGUAGAAAAUAGUAAAUGUAUCACACUUUUCAACUGCAUAUCUGACAGCAUAGCAAAGUGCAUUUUGGACGAUGUUUUAUCAAAUGUACCCAAAACUAUCGAUCUGAAACGUCUAUUGUUCAAUGUUUAAUUAUUUGAUUUGUAUAAAAAGUGGGAUUUUGUAAGUAAUUGCAAUUUUUAGUUACCAAUCCCAUCACAGCUUUGAGUGGAUCAACCACCCUCUGUGCGACGACAAGGGAUGAUGCGAUUGACAGCCAUUUCGGAAGCGUUCAGAUUGCAUCUGGUGAGGCUAAUCGUGGUGCGUGGUACGUUUCAACCGAGUUAAGGUGUAAAAUCUGUUUAUAAAUCGCAUACAAUGGCUCGCGGUCACCAGAAGAUCCAGUCGCAGCAGAAGGCGCAGGAAAAGGCUGCCAAGCUAAAGAAGCAGCAGGGGCACGGGCUGAGCGACCAGAUGAAGGCGGCCCAGAAAGCGCUCGUGUUCUCCUGCGCGGUGUGCAAAUCACAGAUGCCCGACCCGAAAACGUACAAGCAGCACUUUGAAAACAAACAUCCCAAAAACGAACUCCCGGCCGAGCUGAAGGACGUUUAACAAUCGGACGGGCGCACGCACGCUGGCGUGAUACAGAUUGGGGAUGCCCGCUUAUCCGAGAGGUUCGAUUCCGUGAAUUGCUUCAACGAUGGUUAGUGUAUGCCGCCGGUUAAAGUCGCUUACGUUUACAUUGAGAUUAUUUCCUUCUGCUUCCGCCGUAUGCUUGCAAAUCCACAGUUAGAGCGCGUUUUAGUUAAUUCAGUGCAAGAGAGCACCCAGGGUUUGCAUGUUUCCUACCCACACGUUCAAUGUAAAUAGAUAGAAAAAGAAAACGGUUUUAAAGCGAUCGUGCAUUUGUUUGUGAGAUACAACUUUCCCUAAGCGCUUUCCACACUACCUGACCACCUCACAACACGACAAGUAUUAAAUAAAGAUAAAUUGUGUAUAUCUUGA